AUGGCUGCCGCCGCUAGGUCGGUCCUUCGCUCGGCUUCGAUCCGCGGCGGCGCGGCGCGGGUCGCGGCCGAGGCCGUAGCGGCCUCGCGCCCUCAGCUUCGCUGUCUCCCCAAACUGAGGCCGGCAGCCACCAGUCGUUUCCUCAGGUCUCCCGUGGAGGCAAGCUUCUGUGUGGAGUCGCUAAUGCCGAUGCACAGCGCAACGGCCACGGCGUUGUUGACCUCGAUGCUCAAUGUUUCGCGUAGGGGAUAUGGAUGGCUCUCCGAAGGUCUGUGAUUUUUCAGCACGGAGAAUUGCUAAACAGAGGGUCAUGCUGCUCCUCUUCCUUGCCUGUCUCCUCAAUUAUCUCCAUUAUGAAUAAAGAGAAUUAUCGAAACUUUUCAAACUUGUGUUGCUUUGUCAUUGGUCGUUGGAGCUCAUGUACUUGUAGAUUAUGAGUCGUGGCUUCUCGUGUACCUUUCAUCAGUAGUAGUUGCUGCGGUUAUCUGUUGUUGUUACAGUGUAGGCAGUUGCUAUAGUUGUUUCUUUUCAAAGAGUUAGAAGGAUAUGCACAUCAGUGUGUGUACUCGACUCGUUUAGACUGCCUCAUCUAAAAUAGCUUGUGGUAGAAGGAAAUUUGUUGGUUAACUAUAGUCAUCUAAAAUAAGACUCUUUCAGACUCUUUUAGAC